AUGGCACACGACGACAUUGUUGAUGCCGCCACUACACAUGUCUUUCUUGGAGAUCUCUACGAUGCCGCCGGUGGAGGAGGAUACACUCCCAGCGACAUGCAGGAUAGCUACCAUCACAUCCCUCGUCGCCUGCCCUCACCAACGAGUAGCGGUCUCGAGUCCUCAUCGGGUGUGAGCAGUAGUCUUGACGACCGACAGGAAACUCCAUGGUCGUCGUCUCCAGAAGUGGAAUCCAUGCACCACCACCACCAUAUCUGGAGGCCUGCGGGUUUUGAUGUCGCUGUCUUUGGGGAUCAUCGGUAUACCGAUCAAGAAGAAUCGCUUUACGGACAUUCCUGUGUCGCAAUGAACGACGUUCAAUAUCACCAUACCGAUGCGCUGGCGCUCUUCGAGGAUGACCAUGUUACGGGGUAUAGUCCCUACGGCUCUUCAGCGCAAGAGGGAUAUCAACCAAUGCUGCGACUCUCGACCGAGCAGAUGAUUGAGACGGAUCACAACAUUCCGAGCGCGGAACAGUCGGAGUAUGAGCAGGUUUAUAAAGAAACAUCCCCUCGAUCCGCAGACACGCCUGUGGUUCGACGUCGACGCCCGCAGCCCUCUCGCGCAGCCACUUCUCCAAAUCAUCGAACGAGUAAAGUGACCAAGCGCGUCCAGCCAAGAAGACGAUCCUUGAAUCAGACAAACAACGGCAGAGCAGAAAAUACGAGCGAUCCACAGUCCACUCGUGCAAGCAACGGAGCCUUCCCCUGCCCUCUACAACCUUACGGCUGCACAUCCACCUUUGGUUCAAAGAAUGAAUGGAAGCGGCAUGUGACGAGCCAACACAUGCGAUUAGGCUUUUGGAGAUGCGAGUGGUGUGCUGAGCGCAAGCCCAACGACUUCAAUCGCAAAGAUCUCUUCAUACAGCAUAUCCGCCGAAUGCAUUCUCAGGAGCUUACCCCGGGGGAUGGAGAGUCGAGGAGGCCGGGAAAGGACACCAAGGAAGAGCAGGCAUCCAACGCGGUUUCGGACAGAUGCUAUCGCGUCGUUCGCACACCUCCCAAUGACAGCCUUUGCCUGCYAUGUGGCCUGCAAUUCCAGGGGCCGAGUAGUUGGGAUGAGAGAAUGGAGCAUAUGGGUCGGCAUCUCGAGGCUGCAAAGAAGGGUGGCGAGGUAUCCAUCAGUCCACAGAGUUGGCACCCGGACAGUGGUACCCACGAGUGGUUGAUCAAGGAAUCAAUCAUUGUGCCCAGUGGUAGAAGAUGGGUUCUUGCGGAUAAAAUGUAG